AUGCCGAUCAACAAAUUUGGGGUAUCGCUCGAGAAGAGUGGAGCAGUUAGAAUGGACUAUUACAAAUGGAGCGGUAUGCUUCGAAAUUAUAUGCGAGACAAUGCUCUUUGCGUGGCAGGUGCCGACUUUGAUGCAAAAUCACGCAAGAUACGACGCGUAGCACAACCCGCAGCCGACAGCGAUGCUGUCAAUAAACUAUAUGUGGAAAAGAGCAUUAAACUUUUGAGAGAGCAGCAGGAAGAAUUGGAGAGGAAGCUGAUUGUGUGGCAGAGAGAUAUGCUAAUGUUGCAAAACAGUGUUCAAAAGAUAUCGCAGACAUUGAAUCCUAUCCCGCAGCAGAAUUGCGAUGGAGAAUCAUUUGCCCCAAUGGAUUUUGAGUAUCCUGAUUCGGAUUCAAGUAUUGAGGUACGACGUCCUAGAAAACGUUGCCGGAGGAUUUCGUCAAGUGAUGAUAGCGAAAAUGAACAGUGCGACAGUUGUAUAAAUGGAGAGUUUGUGUGGAAAGCCGAAAAUCAUACUCCCAUUAUACAUCGUUUUUCAAUUGCGGGUGGUGCAACCGUAAAUACACGGGGUCUGUCGAGAAGGGAGGUUUUUGAACUAUUUUUUAACAAUGAAUUAAUUACAAAAAUAAUUACUGAAACAAAUUUAUAUGGCGCAAGCGACGCAGAGUUUAUACCUCUUGAAGAGGGCGAAUUAAAAGUAUUUAUUGCCUUAAAUAUUUUAAUGAGUCUGAUUUCCAAGCCCACGAUUCAAAGCUAUUGGUCAACAGAUAAAAGUAUAGAAACUCCGUAUUUUAAGAAUAUCAUGAGCCGUAACCGAUUUAUUUCUAUCUCAAAAAAUUUACACUUGUCCAGUACAAAUAAUCCUAAUGACGCACUGACUAAAAUUCGAGAAGUUACUGAAAUUGUAAAGAAAACUUUCAUUCGCAUGUAUGCCCCAAAUAAAAACAUUUCCAUUGAUGAAUCACUAAUGUCAUGUAGAAGUCGUUUACAUUAUAUACAAUUUAUUCGAACAAAACGUGCGAGAUUCGGUGUCAAGUUUUAUAAACUCUGUGAUUCACAAUCGUGAUACAUACAUAAUUUCAAUAUAUAUACAGGAAAAGAUAAAACUGAUACAGGAUCUGCUGGCAGGAAUGUUGUAAUCAAUUUGUUAAAAGAAAGUCAAUUAUUGCACAAGGGGUAUUGCUUAUUCAUUGAUAACUGGUACAGUUCGCCAACAUUAUACCGAGAAUUAUAUAAUAUGAAAACAAAUGUAUGUGGAACAGCAAGAAUAAAUAGAAAAGGAAUGCCUCCAGAAUUAAAAUCACACCUACUACAAAAGGGUGAAGCUGUUAUAUUUAGUACAAAAGAGAUGGCGGCGAUAAAGUGGAAGGACAAGAAAGAUGUCGUUAUGCUAACUACUAUGCACGAUUUACAUUUUGCUGAAACAGGGAAACGAAACCGAUAUACUGGAGAAAAGAGUUUAAAACCAACCGCAGUAAUAGAUUACAAUAAAUAUAUGGGUGGAGUUGAUGUUGGCGACCAGAUAACCAUCGGAAUGCGUCCUUGCGAUGUUACCCCUGCGAUCGCUGAUAAGCUGCUUGCCACCGUAUACAACAACAUAAAGAUCGCUGCUCCAGCGAAAUUCAAGUUGGGCGAGUUUGUGCGCGUGAGCAAAUUUAAAACCAUCUUCGAUAAAGGCUAUACGCCGAAUUGGUCAACGGAGGUGUUCAAGAUAGCCAAAGUACAGGCAACUAAUCCCGCAACGUAUCUGCUCCUCGAUUCGUGUGGAAAACCUGUUGCCGGAGGAUUCUACGAACACGAGCUGUAG